GGGGACGCGGAACACGAAUGCAUUAGCGAAAACGGAAGCGUUCCUCUCUGCACAAUUCAAUCCCGAUAAUUUAUCUCGAUAACCCCAUUUUCACACUUUUCUCUGAGCAGCGAUAAUGUUACUUAGGCACUGAAAGGUUCAAUACCGAAGAAGGAAAAUGGAAGAGAUAAAGACCGAGCCGGUUGAUUUUGUGAGGGAAUUUCAAGAAUACCUGACCCAGCAAACCCAGCACGUCAACAUGAUCUCAGGCUCUGUUUGCGGAGGGAAAGAGUCAGUGGAGCCGUUUCAAGCCGUUGCCCCCAGGAGUGAGCAGAAUGGUGUGGACCCUCCGUCUGUGGAGGUGAGCCUGUCAGUGGAGGAUGGCUCGGACGUACAGAUGGACGGCUUGGAGAGGACCUGCGACGGGAAAUACAAGUGCAGCUACUGCAGCUAUGCCAACAAGGGCAUGGCUCGUUUAAUAGAGCACAUCCGCAUCCACACAGGAGAAAAGCCUCACCGCUGCCAGCUGUGCCCGUUUGCCUCAGCGUACGAGCGCCACUUGGAAGCCCACAUGCGCUCGCACACGGGGGAGAAGCCGUACAAGUGUGACCUCUGCGCCUUCCGCUGCAGCGACCGCAGCAACCUGUCGCACCACCGCCGGCGACGCCACAAGCUUCUGCCCACGAGGGUCGUCCGCUCUCCUUUCUCCAGCAAGCGAAUGUUGAGCUCCCUGCAGAAGAGGACAGGCUCGCUGGGCUACAGCAGGCGGCUGCUCAUCAACUUCAACCCUCCCUCCGUGGGAUUGCCGAAGACGGAUUAUCUGAAUGACUUGUCACACAAGAUCCACCACCAUUUGAACGGCAGUGAGUAUAAGAACCUUCCCAAGGUAGAUGAGAACGACAGUCACGGCAGAGGUGCAAAUGGUUUGACUUUUAAUAACCCGCUGGACCAGCUGUCUACACUUGCUGGCCAGUUGGCUGAUCUUCACCCUGAGUCUCAGACUCCUGCAUCCCCAGACAGGGAGUCUUUAACAGACGAGAAGCCCAUCCUCAUUCAGCAGGUCUCUAGUGAACACAUUGCAAUGUGUUCAAAUGGAAUGCAGACUUCACCGCCUAACAAAGACUCCCCCACCUCAGGCCACGGGAGCUGCAGUCCCGUUCCCGGCCCCGGCUUUGAGAGCAACACUCUCACUGCGAGCGUGAGCAACAGCCUGCCGAGCACACCCGCCCCUGCCCUGACCACACCGGACCAACAGCUAUUCCAUAAAUGCCAGCAUUGUGAUGUUCAGUUUCUGGAUAAUAUCCUCUACACCAUUCACAUGGGCUGCCAUGGCUAUGAGCAUCCAUUCCAGUGCAACAUCUGUGGUCACAAGUGCGCAGACAGAUACGACUUUGCAUGCCAUUUUGCCCGUGGACAACAUAAAAAGUGAUUCCCUGCAACAUAGAUGCAUAUGGAGUCUUAGAUCCUGGUGUUUUCAGUUAAUUACCUGUACAGCGUCUAAGCAUGAUGACACUUAUUUACAUUUUAUAUUUUUGUUACGCACAGUUUACUGAUCCUUUCUUAUUUUAAACCCACUAACUGAGCUAUAUUGUUGCCUUACUGCAGUUCUACAUGCCUCCCAACUUUGAGUUCUUCAUAUUAGCUUUGGAUUGAUGCAUGCAUACAAAGGGCAGAUAAAACAACUUCAUGCAAUACAGCAGCUCUGCAGUAAAAACAUAAACUGAAGCUUAUACAGCAUCAUUACAUGUCGUCUCAUCAGUAUUAGUCGGGGCACUGUCCUUCUUUGCCAGUGCAGCUGCUGGUGUGUGGCCAUGUCUCAGUACUUUGCAGUGAUAGCUCAGGCAGCUAUAUACAAGACAUUUGAAGUAAAAUACACAUUAACAGUAUUUAGCACCAAACAUUAUGAGCUUCACCAGCUCACUGUUCAUUUUGGGGUUGUUUAAACUGUAAUCUUGUCAACCAUCUGUGUAUCGCUUAUACACCAAAGUUUCCAUGUGAGCUAAAUCAGCUGGACACAUGUUGCUGUGAGUUUGUGUCCAGCCAGGCUUAUAAUCCGGCUUCCUGUUCCCAUAUUUAUUUACCUCACUCCACUGACUGCAGAAGGUGUCAACCAAACCAAACAGUAAUAUUUUAGACAAAUUUCAAUGUUGCUUUUCUCUUUUUUUGUUACUAAUUUGUACACAUGAAACAAUUUUCUACAAAUAUUUAUAAACUGUCUUGAGUAGUUUUGUGGUACCAAUUUUCAGUACAUGUAAUUUCACUGUAGCCACUUCUUAUUUGUACAGUAGCGGAUGUUGAGAUUUUAGUAGAUUUUGUUUGCAUGUGAUCUUAUUACAGACAGGGUGAGCAAGCAGACACCAUGUACAUGACCACAAGUGUAUCACUGUAUGUUGAGUUGUAAUACUUUUUGAGGAAUUGGCAAGUGUCUGAACUGAGGCGAUUAAAUCUGGCUUCGUCAAAUA